UCGGCCAACAAAACCAAACGCACAAGCGAAACUCAGCUCUGCAGUAGCAACAACAACCCUUCUUCAAACCGCCUUCAAAAUGUUCAAAUACGUCUUCGUUGUUCUGGCUCUGAUUGCCGCUGCCUUCGCCGCACCGAAGCCACAGCUGCUGUACUCACCGGCGGCAUACUCAAGCUACGUUGCACCGGCCGCGGCCACCGUCUACAGCUCCAACGCGUAUGUUCCGGCCAGCGCUUACUCAGCCUAUGCUCCGGCGGCCUAUUCUGCCUAUGCUCCUGCAGCUUACGCUUAUCUGUGAGGCACACCUGAACGCUCUCCGGAUUGGUAGCCUUGAAAAUGGAAAUGGACACGGAACCUGGCAAAAAGAGAAAUGUAUCAGACGUCGAAUUUGAAUAAAACGCGGAAUUUUGUCUAAAGAA